AGAAUACCGCAACGUAACUUUAAACGGAAGUGAUAUUGCCGCCAUUUUACGUGUCGUUUCGUAACUUGUUUUUUGAAUGACAGAGGGAGCUACGUGUCAUGGCAGGAAACGUAUUCGUCCUUUUUCCGCAGGAGGACGCGGCGUCCGCGUUAAACGCUGCUCCGACGAGUGGAGGAUGCGUGCGUGAGAGAGCAAGAGAGAAAGAGUGAUUCGAAGAGGGAGAAUAAAUAGUAGAAGGACAAGAAAGAGAGAGAAAGCGUUGAAGCAGAAGAGUGGGGAAUGGAGCCGAUGGAUGGUGAGGUGAGAUGAGUACGAUGAGCGAGAGAGGAGAAGAGCCGACAAAGAGAGGAGGUGGUUGGAGCGCUGAACGCACUAUGGAGCACACGCUGUAGCGAGAGCCCCCAACCAACCCCAUGCAGCCCAUCGUCAGUCGAAUUUUAAUGGCGGCCGACUCCGACUCCCCGCGUAGUGUUAUUGUGAAUUGACGGACGGCACGGUGCUACCGUGUGUGUCUCCGGCGAGCUGAGAAUACGCGCUAAAACAUCUCGCUAGCGGAACUAUCGUGCUGGAGUGUAGUUUGCAAGAGCUCAUUAGGACGCGCGACUACCUUGCCAAGUUAUGGUAGACACGAGCGAUGUGCCCUAGCGACUCUAACGCAAGAGCGUUUCAGAGUGCGAGUACCUUCACUCCCUACGAAACCUUCACUCCUUCGCAAACAAGGAGAAGACAGUGAGCAUCAUGCUGGUGCUUGGUUACAGGCAUAGCUGGUAGUGCCGUCCCGAAACUGGCCAACUACCGGCGGGGCACACACUCCAAUCACACCUUGUAACCUUCCCUUCCUUGUCCUGUACACAAGUGAGCUACCCACUGUCUUUAGCACACCAUGAGACUCCUUGGACUGAAACCUUUUCCCGUUUCGCCACCUGUGCCACCGCCGCCCCGGUUGCCACUGCCGUCCGUUCGCUUAGCAUCAUUUUCGUCCGCAUCAAUCGUAGCGUGGCUCUUGGUUACCCUGGUAACUGCCGCUAUGGAUGCGCCAGCCAGCUCGAUCCCUCCAUCGUCAGAAAAUCAGUCACCUCACGUAGUUGCACAAUUUCCGCUCCCGGUUGGACAGCGAUACGAAUUGUACCCUUUGGAUCCAAACACGACGAGAGAAGGAGCCCUGCGUUUUAAUCAUCUCACCAUAGAUCCUUCCACUGGACGACUUUAUGCAGGAGCCGUUAAUAGACUUGUGCAGUUAGACUCUAAUCUCAGACUUGAAGAACUGGUUUCAACAGGGCCUAGAAUGGACAACCCGCAGUGCCAUGCGACUGGUUGCCCGUCCAGGGACAUGACUACAUCCCUCAUGGAUAACGUAAAUAAGCUGCUUGUCGCUGACCUCGAAUCCCGCACUCUGAUUGCCUGCGGUUCUCUACUUCAAGGCGCUUGUGAAAAGUACAAAAUGGCAAACAUAUCCCUUAAGCCGGAUUUCAUUCCUACUAGCGUGGCAGCUAACGAUGAAAAUUCCUCUACUUACGCGUACAUCGGUCCAGAAAGAUAUAAUCCUUGGGGAAAGACUAAUAUUCUCUACGUGGGCACCACUUUCACGAAUAACGGAGAGUAUCGGCAUGAUGUUCCUGCCAUUUCCAGUCGAAAUCUCUACACUUUAGAGUUUGCCGAGUACACAUUCAAUAAGCAGUCAAUUUUACACAUCGACGUCAAAUAUCGAGAUCACUUUUUAGUCAAAUACGUAUAUGGCUUCAAUGCAAGUGACUACGCAUACUUUGUACUUGUCCAGAAACAGUCCUAUCUUCCUGAACAGGAAGAGCUGGGCUAUAUUUCAAGACUGGCUCGAAGUUGCAUAAGCGAUCCAAACUAUGACAGUUACACGGAAGUGACGCUGCAGUGCAGCGUUGAUCUCGGUGAUGGUAGACAACAUCUCUAUAAUUUGGUACAGGAUGCUAAAGUUGCUGCAGCUGGUGCUGAUUUAGCUAUGCAGCUAGGAAUUGCUGUCGGCGAUCCUGUCUUCGUUUCUGUUUUUUCUCCAAGUAAAGGUAUCACCAACGAACCCCUCCCACGUUCGGCAGUGUGCGUUUAUAGUUUACAAGAUAUCGAAACAAAGUUCAACGAGAACAUACACAUGUGCUUUAAUGGUAGCAUCAAGUAUAGGAAUAUGGGAUACGUCAGUGGUCCGAUUCUGGAUGGAAAAUGUCCCACAGCAGGAACGACAGGAAAUAUUUUGGAUUUCUGUGAAGUGGGCCUAAAGAUAUCCGGAGUCUCUCCGAUCAUUGGCCAAGCCGUUUUACACUUUGCGAAUGCGUAUGUAACGUCCAUAACUGUUACAAAUACGGAAAGUCACACUGUUGCAUUCCUGGGUACUCACGACGGUGUUCUCAAGAAGGUUUUGCUUUCUGGAAUCGAAGCCUCCAUAUACGAGAGCAUCGUUAUUGACAAGGGACAAAAAUUGCUGCCUGACACUGCUAUUGCACCUGGCGGAGAGCACAUCUAUGUGCUGUCCACGUCAAAGAUAUCUAAAGUCAAAGUUGAACACUGCAGCGGCUACACGAACUGCAGCAGUUGUCUGGAUGCUAAAGAUCCAUAUUGCGGUUGGUGCUCCCUUGAAAAACGGUGCACUGUCAGGCGAGCUUGCCAGAAAGCGAGUCACAGUAGUCCAAGGUGGUUAUCCUUGGGCACGGGACAACAAUGCAUCGAUUUCGAACAAGUCCUUCCUGAUCGCAUACCAAUUAAUCAGAUGACUACUGUUCAAUUAAGUAUCAGAACUCUACCUGAACUGCCAACCGGUGCCAAGUACAAGUGUGUCUUUGGCAAGGCUGAGCCCAUCGACGCCCAAAUGACUGGUUACGGAUUAUCUUGUCCUACACCACCUGUCUUUGGUAGACCUAGCAUUCCUGAGGAUGCUGAUCACGUCCUAGUACCUCUAUCUGUACGUUCCAGCGAAACGAACAAGGACUUCGUAUCACGAAAUUUUGCAUACUUUGAUUGCUCGAGGCAUACAGUCUGUGCAGAUUGUGUAAAGUCCCAAUGGGCCUGUAGCUGGUGUGUCUAUGAGAAUAAAUGUACACACAAUACCAGCGGAUGUCAGGGCAACAUCAUAUCUGGUGAAAAUAAUCAAGCCAAUUUGGCAGCUCACGGUGUUCAAUAUUGCCCAAGAUUUGUGGAACGUAAGGAACCUUUGAUGCUUCCGAAUAAUGUACCUAAGGAAAUAGUCCUGGAGGUAGAGAAUUUGCCGCAUCCUCAAGUGGGACACACUGGAUUCCAGUGUAUCGUUACUAUAGAAGGGGCGAACCUGCGCGUUCAAGCUCGGGUCGACUCUAGCCGCUUCAUAGUAUGCGACAAGACGAUUUACUCCUACGAGGCUGUGACUGGUGAAUAUUCAGCUGCGGUGACGGUAGUUUGGAAUACGAAUCACCACGUGGAUCAAACGACAAUUGUGCUAUACAAGUGUGAAGUGUUGGGAUCUCAUCGCGAACAUGCGGACUGCUCUCUUUGUGUAACGAGGGAUCCACGUUUUGAAUGUACCUGGUGCGGUAACAGUUGCGUCUAUAGACAUUCCUGCCUGCAGUCACCUUUCGCGGAGUGUCCUAAACCCAGAAUAGACAUGAUAAAACCUUUGAGCGGUCCCAUCGAGGGUGGUACUUUGGUCACUAUCGAGGGAAGUAAUUUGGGCCUCAAGGAAAGCGACGUCGAAGGCAAGAUACACAUUGGGAACACUCCGUGCACUCUCGUCGAUUACGAAGUUUCCGUCCGUAUUGUUUGUCGCACCGGGCGUCACGAAGCUACGGACAGGGCAUCGGUUGUCGUUGGCAAUGAUGCUGGUUAUACAGAAAGUGCUGUCUUCUUUAAUUACAAGGACAUCCAGCUCUCUGGCGUUUAUCCUGCCAUGGGGCCCCAAAGCGGUGGAACUCAGCUCGCCAUCUCCGGCAUGUAUUUGAAUAUUGGUAGCACCAUCUCUGCGUACCUGGAUGAGCUUCCUUGUCACGUGAACGCGACGCAAGCAAGCAGUACUAGAUUAACCUGCAUAACGAGUAAAGCUGGUCAAGUGCGACGGACCCGCCGACUAACCCUCAGCAUCGACGGGGCUAAUCGUACCUUAGUAGGCAAUCCCUACAACUAUACUCACGAUCCAACGAUCAUGGAAAUUAAACCAUUAAGAAGUUUCGCUUCUGGUGGACGUAUGAUCACUGUUCAUGGUACCAACCUGGACACCAUCCAAAAACCAGAAAUGGAAGUGUAUUUCGACAACGAACUUUUACCAGUCAAUAAAACUAUCUGCUCUGUGCUCAACCCGACGCAGAUGGAAUGUCCGAGCCCUAGUGUAGCAGAAAGAUUCAGAUCACUUCAACGUACUAAACGUUCUUUACACAAACACGGUUCUCAAGCAUUAAAAAUUAAAGAACAUCAACUAGCUCUAAGGAUCGGAUUCGUUAUGGAUCACGUGGAAAGUGUACGAGACUUGGAGAAACAUUUUCAGAGCUUGAGAAAUCAAUUGCUCUACGUAGAGGAUCCAAAAUUCUUUGCGUUUCCGGGUAACGUGAAACUGUAUAAGGGUGAUCCUUUGGUCAUAGAGGGAGACAAUCUAAAUUAUGCGAGUGAUGAGUCUGACGUGAAUGUCACUGUAGGCAUUAUGCCAUGUAAUAUAACGUCGCUUGCCUUAACACAAUUGGUCUGUACUCCGCCAGAUCAACAACCUGCUGAUACGGAUGAACUUGGCGUUAAAACAGAGCAGGGUCUUCCUUUGGUCGUUGUACGAGUUGGUCAGAGUCUUCGAUUUCGCAUAGGAUAUUUGCAUUAUGAUGUCAUCAAGUCUUACCCAAUACCACCCGAGGCAAUUGCUGGAAUAGCUGCAGGAACUUUCGGUUUGGUUUUCUUAUUCGUACUGGUCUUGGUGGUGUACCGAAGAAAGAGCACACAGGCAGAACGGGAAUACAAAAGGAUACAAAUUCAAAUGGAUACGCUUGAAAGUAAUGUGAGAAUGGAAUGCAAGCAAGCGUUUGCCGAAUUGCAAACAGACAUGACGGAUUUAACUGCGGACCUUGAAUCAUCUGGAAUACCGACUUUGGACCACAAGAAUUAUAUCAUGAAAGUUUUCUUCCCUGGUGUAAUAGAUCAUCCGAUAUUGAAUGAUCCCAGAGUCCGUAGUAACACAUCCAGGACAAACUAUGACGCAGCGAUGAUACAGUUCGAACAGCUCAUCAAUAACAAGUGUUUCAUUUUAACGUUUAUCGAGACUUUAGAGGCGCAAAAAGACUUUAAUAUCCGAGACAAGGUUAAUGUAGCGUCUCUCUUAAUGGUCGUACUAAUGGGAAAAAUGGAAUAUGCUACUGACAUACUCAUGAAUCUUUUACUCAGGCUAAUCGACAAAUCCGUCGACACGAAACAUCCUCAGCUUAUGCUGAGGCGAACUGAAUCCGUGGUAGAAAAGAUGCUCACAAAUUGGAUGGCUCUUUGCAUGUACAACUACUUAAAGGAUUAUGCUGGUUCUUCCUUGUUCUUGCUAUUUAAAGCAAUCAAGCAUCAGAUAGAAAAGGGUCCAGUUGACGUGAUAACCCAUGACGCUAGAUACUCCCUUUCAGAGGAGAGACUUCUCCGCGAACAGAUAGAACACAGCGUGGUCACCCUGCACGUAGUUCAGGAUGACCUCGAUGAGAAAAUUCAAUGCAAAGUUUUAGAUUGCGAUACGAUAAGUCAAGUGAAAUCAAAAAUACUCGAUGCUCUCUAUAAGAAUACCCCAUUCUCUCUGAGGCCCUCUAUUCACGAGGUGGAUUUAGAAUGGAGGCACGGUAGAGGUGGACACCUUACACUGCAAGAUGAAGACCUUACGACCAAGUGCAACAGCGACUGGAAGAAGAUAAAUACCCUAGCUCAUUACGGCGUCAAGGAAUCAGCCGUAAUGUCUUUAAUUCCACGUCAGAAUGAUGGUUUCUCCGUAACGUGUAAACCACCUUGUCACAACUGCAAACCAUCUCAUCAUCAUCAUGCAAAUCACUGUUCGUCCGCCCAUCUUCCAUCCACGCCGAAUCAUGCGAUGAUCAGUCCAAUUAUGUAUUCUCAUCCUCCGAGCGGUAUUUACUUCAACUCCCAAAAUUCGCCGCCCAUUAUAACGGCAAACGGUGACAUCGAAAGUGGUCAUGGUGGAAAUCAAAGACUAUAUCAUUUAGUGAGGCCCAUCGAGGAAGGGCAUUACCCACCCGGAAUAGGACUUGCUGGUGGCAAACAUCCGCAUCCCGAGCGUACGCAUAAAGCUAUUCCAGAAAUAUUUCUCACGAGACUCUUGUCGACUAAAGGAACCGUGCAAAAGUUCGUGGACGAUUUUCUGAACACAAUACUUACAGCAAACGAAGCUUUACCCAGUGCAGUCAAAUGGCUGUUCGAUCUCCUGGAUGAAGCAGCGAAGAGACACGGUAUAAUUGAUCCUGAAGUACCUCAUGCUUGGAAAUCAAACAGUCUGCCACUCAGGUUUUGGGUGAACUUCAUAAAGAAUCCAGAUUUUAUGUUCGACAUAAAUAAAUCAACAACAGUGGACUCGAGCCUCUCUGUGAUAGCUCAAACAUUCAUGGAUUCAUGUUCAACAACCGAGCAUAGAUUAGGCAAGGAUUCCCCGUCUAACAAAUUACUCUUCGCUAAGGAUAUUCCUCACUAUCGGGAAAAGGUCGGCCGAUUUUAUACCGACGUACAAAGAUUACCACAGAUCACUGAUCAGGAAAUGUCUAGUGCCAUGCAGCAGCUCAGCGCAUCCCAUGCUAAUGAAUUUGACGUAAUAGCCGCGCUGAAAGAGCUCUAUAUUUACGUCAGCAAAUAUUAUGAACAAAUCCUAGAGGCCUUGGAGACAGAUGCGGGCUGCCGCAAGUUACACCUAGCCCACAGGCUGGAGAACGUGGCGUGCACGCUCGAGGGUGAAGAGACCAGUGCCUGCUGACAUAACCUCUCGACCUCCAUUCCUGAACCCGUCGACCUCCCAAAAAACACUGACUAGUGCCUCCACUUCACGCACCACAUACACCUCAUUACAUGUACAAACAUACACAUCAUGCAUUUACCAAACAGUGCAUAACCCCUACCGUUUCGCUGUGGCAACAUAGAGGAGCAUCUUCACCACAUUCUUCGUCAAGUGAUCGAGGACGCAAAACAAGGAAGACACCACGUAACUCAUUCAACAAAGGAAUGAAGAAUGUUAGGAUUCUAAAGGAUGCGACGAGUGAAAAGGGGGGCAACUCGGCUAUCUCUAUGUAAUACUCCUUAAUGAAGGACAGCGUCGUGACUGCGUGUGACGUGUGGCGUGUGUCGUGUAGCGUGUAGUGUGUAGCGUAUAGCGUUUAGCGAGUAGCGUGUCAUUAUACGGGCGAGGACAAUGAAGUUUUCGUAAUCGCAGUACCGUUCGGAGCUCGCGUUAAGUAUAAUGUUGCUUGAAGAGGCAAGGCAAAGAGAGAAAGAAAAAAAGGUCAAAGGCAUGGUCCGUUGCGGAGCAUGGAAACGCGCGACCCGUUUGGAUUCCGCGUUCUCGUCCGCACGCCCGCAACAUACGAAACACAACACAACGUUAUAAAAGUAAGUGAGAACGCCAUAGUGUCCACCAGACUGUUUGUACAAGAAGAUGUACGACAGCAAGUAGUCUGUGAUCUGAGCACGCGCGGCUAUGCCUACUAUCUUCAUUACGAUAUAAUUAUUGCUAUGUUAUUUACAUUAUAUUAUAUGUAUACCGGAUGGAUCGACGACAAUUUUUACUCAAAUACUAAGCCAGAUAUUAAAAUUCAACCGAGUUCUUUCAUAGGAAUUCCGUCAUCUAACAGAGAGCACUGGCACGUGCUUAUGGAUCAUACAAAAUUAUAUUAGUCACUUACAGGAUUUGAUAUUUUAAUUAAUUCGGCUGUACAAUUCUUAACAUUCUGACAGUUCGCUAAAAUUACUCGAAUGCUGCAAUUGAUUAAUACCAAUCUGUCUAUAAUGUCUAUAAUGUAUCUCUCGCUUCAAUCAUCAUCAGUUUCUCAGAGAUAUCCUUAAUAUCUGGUCAAUUCAUCUUUUGUGUAUCAUUGCGUCCCACCGGCCAUCUCGUGUAUAACAUAUACAUUUGCUUUCAUAUAGUGUAUAUACGUGCAACAUGUGUUGUAUAUAUACAUAUAUAUAUAUAUAUACACGCGUAUGAAAGCAAAAAGAUUACAUUACACACCUCCGCGGACUGUAGUGAGCUAGCUAGAGAGGGACUAUAUAUGUAUGUAUAAUAAAUAAAUAUAUAUAUAUAUAUAUACACACAACACACACACACCCAUAUAUAUAUAUAUAUAUAUAUAUACAUUUGAGGAAGCGCCCUGUUAAGAGACAGAGUAAGAAAUAAUUAUAAAUUCUAAGGUAAUUAACGAUAACGUUACGAGAAAUUAAGCGAUUAAGAGUUAUAAGAGCAGCUCAGUCUACUCUAGGCCUAGCUACGUAUAUCGAAUACGUAAUUACAUUUUUUUACGAUCUUUUUUUUACGUUUGUUUUUUUAUUAUUUUUUUUUUUUUUAUUUAGUUUAUAUACUUACACGGUAGUAAUACACGCCAUCGCUACUAUCAUUUUACAAUGAUCGACUUGCGAAAUAAUCUAUAUUACACUUAUGAAUUACGCGUACGGAUUAUUGUGGACUAUUAUAUAACGAUAGGUAUAUAAUUAUUGGUAUUAUCAUUUAAUUGAGAAUUAUCAGUAAUUGUUAAGCGUGUGAGCAUAGGGACUCGGCGAGGUAAGGCGGUUUUAUACCAGUGUCGGGCGCAAAAGUGUCCAGGGCUCUGAUCAUGUUAAAAAAAAUUUUAUACAGUGAUACUCAUGGCCAUCCAUCUGAUGAGGCACGCGUCUUUCAUAUUGCUAAGAUUUAUCGGGCGCAUUGAAGACACUUGUCGUACGUAGUGAUAACAAUCCUCUUUAUUACAGUAUUUUUCAUUGUUGAAUGCAUUUUUUUUUUCUUUUUUUUUUUUUUUGAUAUGAUUAUAUUCUAUUGACUGCAGCUCUCUUGCGUUUAUUUUAAGUUCUCUUGAGACUGUCGAAAUCGUAUUAAGUUGCUUCGUUGCAUCGUUUGACGAUGUAUUUUCGGAAUCUCCUCUUGAACGAGGUCAUCUUUAUUACAGCUAAACUCAGCGCGCACUGCCAAGGCUACUUAUGCGCUUCUACAAACAAUUAAUCGAGAACCGAUCUAAUGACGAGCCAUUAGAUCCGUUACGUCUGAUCGAAUCUAUAAAAAUGGAUUAUUCAUUAACGAGUGGCCCAGGGAGGCUGGGGGCGUGCUCAUCCUUGUACUUAAUUAAUACUCGCAUGUAAUACAACAUUUAAUCCAGGUCCCCAGACUCCCCUCUUCGAAGGGUCUUAACCUAUGUAUCUCUCUAUAUGUAUUGUAUUUAUUUAUACUAUGAAGAAGCUAGUACUGUAAGAAUGUACGUCAAUCUGAAUUACUUGUAUUUUGGCAAUUUUGAUUUUCGCGCGUCAGGCUUUGAAUUGUCUCGUUGGUAUGGUACCUAGUGCGUAUCAUGGUCUUCCUCAUUGUGCUCAUUUUUUUUUUCUUGCCAGGGUAAUUUUUUCUUUUUUCUUUUUUUGUUUGUGCAAAAGCUUUUCGCCGUCACCAAGUACGAAUACUCGCGAAUCAUAUCAUUCUCGAUAUGUAAGAAAGGACUGAUUCAAUCGAUAGCUCCGAUCCCUCGACGUGCAGCGGGAUACCAUCGGUUUAAUUCUCGUGAGAUGAAACACGAGAAUUACGUGAAUUAAAACUGGCGCCUCAAUCUGUAAAUGCCAAGAUAAAAGAAACUCUUGUGAAAUUCAUUUAUAAUCUUAAGCGUGUCUCGCGAAUCUCAGUACUGCAAUUAUGUAUAGAUUGACGUACACGUACAUGCGCACACAUUGUUAUACAUACCUAUAUAGUAGAAUUGCGAUUACGAACUGCAAGGUUUCCCUAAAAGAGCAUGUUCCACGUAUGUUAAUUAUCAUCUAUUCUUUGUCAUCCAGAGAGUAACGUGUUUUUGAUUGUUAAUCAAGGAACGCUACUUAAUUUCAUUCACGUAUUUGAACUUUUAAGAAUCUCGGAGUGGGAAUCUCUUAAGGAAAAAAAAAAAAAUGAAAUUGCACCGCAAAGAAAAAGUAGCCAAGUAGACUGAUAAUUGUUGACUCCAUCCAUCUCAA